AUGUCCAGGCAGAGCCCCCACGCCAUGCAACCUCAAGGUGCAGCUCUGGCCAUUGGUGUGUGGGCCGAAUCCUGUUUUUCCUCAGGAGCUGUGGGCGUCUGUGCCAGCCUGUCUCUGGCAAGUGUGGAGCAAUGGAGGAAUGGCUGGGUGAGCAGGGAGCAUGCCCCAGUCCCACAGCAGCCCCCGACUGCUGACGGAGCCUUGUGUGGAUCCCUGGCACAGACUGGUGUGACAGCUGCCCUGAAGAUGGACCGUCACAACAUGUCCUGGAUCCGCUACCCUAGCCAUGUGUCCCCAGCUGUGGAGGAUGUCAUUGCAGCACAGAGCAUCAUUUCUAGGUGCAUGCAUGUGUAUGUAGCGGUGUGUAUCCCGCUGAGCCUGGUGACAGGGCUCUUCUGUCUAAGCGUGUUCAUCCGGGAACGUACUAGGCUGGGGGUGCUGGACAGGCUCCUUGCAGGCCUCACAGUCACUAACAUCUUGGUGACUCUACUGUCCCUCAAUGCUGCUGGCCGGCCUGACUACAUGGCCACGACAAACCUGGGCUGUGGGACACUCUCAUUCUUCUCCAAUGUCUGCUACUUUACAGCUCAGUACCUGCAGGGGGCCAUGCUUGUCCAGUCUCUUCUGCCGGGAUCUUCAGGCCGCCAGCUCUUGGUGAGGCCUGUGGCCAGUCUAGCUGCCAUCGGAGGCUGUGCUGUGUGUAGCUCGCUCAUCGUGGUGUCCCUACUGGGCACAUCUGGGGAGUUGCACGCAACCACUGUUUGCCAGGUGGAUCCACUGACGGCAUGGCCCGAAUAUGAGAUCGUCAAGUUCAGCCUGGGCUUCGCGCUUGCCAUGAGCUUUCAGAUGGUUCUCCUUCUCCUGCAUGCUACACAGCCAGCCUGGCGGGUGGCUCCUGCUCCAAGGGACCCAGCCUCUGGGCACUGGGCGGUACUGGCCGUGACUCUCAACAUGUUUGCCUGUAGACUCUUCUUCAAUGUGGUCCUCCUGCAUCGGGCCCAGCUGAAGCUUCGGAAGGAUGUGGGCUCCCCCAGGGAUGAGCUGCUCAUGAACCUCGCAGAGCUGGCCCUCUCUGGAGAGAGUUGCAUCAACUUGGUGGUCACCCUCGUCCUCCACACAUGGUGCAGGCUCAGGUUGCUGGGUCUCCUUGAGCGCCUGACACAGAGAUGCAGGCGGGGACCAGACCGCAGCAUGCCCUUGGAUAGAGUAGGGGGCUAGACAGGGCCUGUCUGCAGGCACAAGCCACACCCCAUCCUGGUCUUCAGGGAAGAGUGCUUUUCCGGGGAGCUUGGGCAGGGUUCAUGUGUUCUGGAUGGUGCUUAACAAAUAGAAACUUGUCUGCGGUCACCUCAACCUACACAAACAAGACAGCUUCUCUUCCCAGAUCAACAGGCGCGCCUUGAGAACAUUCAGGUCAAAGACAACGACAUGGGUACAGGGCCCGAUCAGAGACCAUGGGUCUGCUGGAGGGUGUCCUGACUAUCAUGGCCACCUUGCCCAAUGGCUGCCAUCCUCCAUUCCACAGCCCAGUCUGACGACACAGGAAGGGCACUGUAGAAAUAAGCACAGUA